AAAAACCAAAACCAAGAAAUCAGCCACAAUAUCUACUCAUCAGUUACUAAAUGGAGAUGCUGACACAUCAGAGGAACAUGAGAACACGGUGGUGGACAACAGCCUCUGUAGGCAGUAUGAAGAGAAGGUGCGGCCAUGCAUAGACCUCAUCGACUCCCUGCGGGCCCUGGGCGUGGAGAAGGACCUGGCCCUGCCCGCCAUUGCCGUCAUCGGGGACCAGAGCUCGGGCAAGAGCUCUGUGCUGGAGGCCCUGUCGGGAGUGGCCCUGCCCAGGGGCAGUGGAUCCCAGGACUGACACAGCUGCGCCUCCUCUCAUACAGACUGCUCGUAGGGGCUACAGUGACCCUGUCCGACCUCUCAGGACCUCCUUCAGCUUCAGUAGCUCCUUUUUGUCCCUUGGUACCUGUAUUGCAGCUUGCACCGAGGCCUUGCACUCUUGCUCGAGUCCUGCUCAAGACUGACCCCUACCACUCAAGCAUCGUGACCAGGUGCCCUCUGGUGCUGCGGCUGAAGAAGCUGGGGCAGGAGGAGGCGUGGAGGGCCAAGAUCAGCUACCAGGACAAGGAAGUGGAGAUCACAGAUGCUUCCUGUGUGGAAAAAGAAAUCGACAAAGCCCAGAUGCUCAUUGCGGGGCAAGGGCUGGGCAUCAGCGCUGAGCUCAUCAGUCUGGAGGUCAGCUCCCCACACGUCCCCGACCUGACUCUGAUCGACCUUCCCGGCAUCACCAGGGUGGCCGUGGGCAAUCAGCCUGCUGACAUCGGUUACCAGAUCAAGAGACUCAUCCUGAAAUACAUCCAGAAGCAGGAGACCAUCAACUUGGUGGUGGUCCCCUGCAACGUGGACAUCGCCACCACGGAGGCGCUGAGCAUGGCCCAGGAAGUGGACCCAGAUGGAGACAGAACCAUAGGCAUCCUGACCAAGCCUGACUUGGUAGACAAAGGGACGGAAGACAAGGUGGUGGAUGUGGUGCACAACCUCGUGUACAGACUGAAGAAGGGCUACAUGAUUGUCAAGUGCCGGGGUCAGCAGGACAUCCAGCAGCGGCUGAGCCUGUCCGAGGCCCUGCAGAAGGAGCGAGCCUUCUUUGAGGACCACCCCCAAUUCAGGGUUCUGCUGGAGGAUGGGAAGGCCACGGUGCCCUGCCUGGCAGAAAGGCUGACCUCUGAGCUCAUCACUCACAUCUGUAAAUCUCUGCCAACAUUGGAAAACCAAAUAAAGGAGAGUCAUGAAAGAAUAACAGAGGAAUUACAAAAGUAUGGCAUGGACAUACCAGAUGAUGAUAAUGAAAAAACGUUCUAUCUAAUAGAAAAAAUCAAUGCAUUUAACCAGGACAUCACUGCUUUGAUGCAAGGAGAGGAAAAUGUGAAGGAUAAUGAGACGCGGCUAUUUACCCAACUCCGAAAACAGUUCCAUGCCUGGAGUGCUAAGAUCAAAACUACUUUCAAAAAUGGUUUUGUCACUUUGCAUGAUGAUAUCUGGAAAUUUGAAAGGCAGUACCGAGGCAGAGAGCUGCCUGGAUUUGUCAAUUAUAAGAUGUUCGAGUCAAUCUUAAAACAGCAGAUAAAAGCCCUGGAGGAGCCAGCUGUGGACAUGCUGCACAGCGUCACUGAUUUGGUCCGACUGGCCUUCACAAAGGUUUCUGAACAAACUUUUGACAAGUUUUUCAACCUCCACCGAACUACCAAGAACAAAAUUGAAGACAUUAGAUCAGAGCAAGAAAAAGCUGCUGAGGAGGCCAUUCGACUCCACUUCCGGAUGGAGCAGAUUGUCUACUGCCAGGAGAAGGUGUACAGAACUGCGCUGACAAAGGUCAGAGAGGAGGAGGAGAAAGAGAAGGAGAAACAAAAGAAAUCACAGUACUUUAACCAGCUGUCAGAAGAAACCAUGACAGAAAUAUUGCAGCACCUGAGGGCCUACCAUCAGGAGGUCCACAGCCGCAUGUCCAGCCACAUCCCGCUGAUCAUCCAGUACUUCGUCCUGCAGACGUUCGGUCAGCAGCUGCAGAAGGCCAUGCUGCUGCUCCUGCAGGACAAGGAGGCCUGCGGCUGGCUUCUGAUGGAGAGAAGUGACACCAGCGAGAAGAGGAAGUUCCUGAAGGAACGGCUGGCAAGGCUGGCACAGGCUCGCUGCCGGCUGUCCAAAUUCCCUGGUUAAGUGGGCACUGUCCAUCCCCGGGGGUCUUCAGCAGGACUCCAGGGGGAGGAGACUGCCUGACUCUCCUGAUGGCAGUGCCAUGAUAAUCAGUAGUGAGAUGCAGGGCCGGAAGGCACCAUGGAGCCCUGGAGCAGGACGGCCUCCAGCAGGGGGCGCCACUCUGUAGGGCUGGCCUGGGGGAGGCUGAGCCAUCCUGAUGGACACAGGCCUCACCCUGUCACCCUCAUCCCCUUGUUCUCUUGUGCUACACUUUGUCAUGUGACCACACCCCACUGCCCCUGUGACUUCUUAUUUAGUAGCAGUUGGCCUCCAUGGUUGCCUAUGGGGCUUGUGUCAUCUGGUCCUAAUAAAACCACAUUUCUACA